UUCCCAUAGGGACUGAAAACCAAGUGAGGAGAUGGCGAGUGAAGGAGCAGCUUUUAUACAAAUUGUACCCAAAGUAUCCACACCAGUCUUCGGGCAGUCUGACUAUCCCGUUGGCAAUCAGGGCUAAGAGAGCGGUUUACUGGGUGUUCUGUGCUGAAUUGUUUGACUGGAGCUGUGUGCUGGAUAUAGAGUCUGGGAGUAUUUCCCUUCUGAAUUACAAGCUGAAUUUUGUUGAAGGCUCAUUCCUGAAUAUGAGAAGAAGGAUAUUACUGUACGACAUCAGAGAAUACAAAGAAGAUAGACAGCGCAGCUGGAUCCUGACCAUCACCCAAGGAGCAACCGCACAACAACAUGAAUGAGAAACCAACUGAGUGUGAGGAACAUGACCAGGUUUGCACACAGUCAUCAGCAGCCAUGAAUCACCAACACACUCAAGGAGAUGAGAAACCAUUCAGGUGUGAGUUGUGCAAAAAGUCAUUCUCGAAAUCAUGCAACCUCCACAGGCACCAACGCACACACACAGGAGAGAAACCGUUCAUGUGUGAGGUGUGUGAUAAAGCAUUUGCAGACUUAUCGACACUCCGUGCACACCAACCUAUUCAUACAGGGGGGAAGCCAGUCAAGUGUGAGGUGUGUGAUAAAUCCUUUUCACUUUUAAGGAGCCUCCUGGUUCAUCAGAAGAUCCAUACAAGGGAGAAAUCCUUCAAGUGUGAGGUUUGCGGUAAAGCUUUUGCAACAUCUUCGAGCUUCCUGAAGCACCAGAUGAUUCACACCGGAGAGAAACCCUUCCAAUGUGGUGUCUGUAAAAGGUCUUUCAUCCAGUCCUCUGAUCUCCUGAGGCAUCAGAGGAUUCACACAGGAGAGAAACCCUUUAAAUGUGACCUCUGUGACCGAGUGUUCAGACAGUCAUCGACCCUUGUGGAUCACCGGCGUAUUCACACGGGGGAGAAGCGGUUCCCAUGUGAGGUGUGUGACAAGUCUUUCUCAAGGUCUUCAUACCUCCUGCGACAUCAGAGGAUUCACACAGGGGAGUAAUCCUUCAGCUCUUACAAAGAGACUCUCAACUAAAUAUCUGAUCUUCCAAGACACCAGUGACUCCAUAUUGGUGAGAAACUUGGUCCAUCAACACACUUGCACAAGGGAGAAACACUUCUGGUGUCGGUUCUGUAAUGAUUGUGUCAGACCUCCAGGAACAUCAGCAAACCCGCAAGGGAGACAAAACAUUCCAGUGUCCUCCUCCCCCUCCCUCACCAGACACCGAUGUCUCCACAUGGUCUUGGAGCACGGUCACCUGAUUCUCUUACACUGCGUGCUGUCUGUGUUGUUUACCCUGCAGUGCUCAGACAGGGGAAACUGUCUGUCUCAAACCUCUCCCACCAUCGGUCCAAUCAUUUCAAGAAGGUCAAUUUAACAUUUGACCAAUGACCAAAGAAAGACAUCAAUAUGUAUAGAAGCUUCUGUAUAAAACUCAGCAUCCUUUCAGUGCUGACUCUCACUCUGACCAAAAAGACGAUCAGACACUCAGCGGUUAGAAUACAAUCAACCAGCACACGGACCUGGGGGAGGAACCACUCCUGGGGUGGUUAUGGAGGUACCUCGAUUAAGCCCCCCAGUGUCCCUGGCCUAUGAAGUGGCCAGGAAUCCUGUUCCUCAUCAGUGAGCUCAGCUGGGAAGUCAGAGGGAAGACGGGAUGUGUCUCGGCUGAGACAGUCUCCAUUAUCUCACAACGUUCACUGUCUGGUUCUCCACCUGCUGAACGGCCACUCAGCCAGAGCACUCGAGGCCAAUCAAUGUCCACAGUCCGUCCUCCAGGAGGAUUUAGAUGGAACGUGAGAAGACAACAGCUUGCAUUUACAUAGCACCUUGAUACAGUAAAAUGUAGAGGUGUAAUCAGAUGAAAAUUAACACAGAGACCGAGAAGGAGGGAUGAACAAAAAUGUGAUCAAAGACGUGAGUUUAAUAAGGAUCCAAAUGGCAAAGAAAGAUAAAGAUGCAGAGAGGUUUAAGAGGGAAUUCUAAAGAUUUCAUAACACUGGAGGAGCAUCUGUUCCAAGCAGUGUUAGUAUGAGAGUGGUUGCCUAUAUGGAAAAGGGGAGGCAAUGGGCUAGUGGUAUUAACACUAGAUUAUUAAUCCAGAGACUCAGGUAAUUUUCUCCAGACCUGGGUUCGAAUCCUGCCAUGGCAGACAGUGGAACUUGAAUUUGAUGAAUCCUGGAAUGAAGAGACUAAUGAUAUCCAUGAAUCCAUUGCCGAUUGUCGGAAAAACCCAUCUGGGUCACUAAUGUCCUUUAGGGAAGGAAACUGCC